AGCCUUUGGGCUCAAAUCCCGGCUCACCUCCCCUGGGGGCCGCCGUUGUCGCUGAGGAACACAGCACGGUGGCCGGGCUCUCGCGGGCCCGGCGCCCUCCGCGGGCCUGCAUGGGCCGCACCCUUCCUCUGCUAGCAGGCCUCGCCCUGGAGGCCUCCGCGUGGCACCUCUUCGAGGGCGGCGCGCUCCCGGGCGCAGGCUCCCGGGGCGACGCCUGCGGCAGCGUGCCCGUGGCCUCGCUGCGGGGCCCGGGGGACUUCGCGGUGGGCACCCUGGAGGACGCGGCGCGCGGCGCCGUGCCCGCGUGCCCCGUGAAGGAGGGCACCGACGCGUUCCAGGCCGGCGGCCACGCGGGCGCGUUCCAGGUGCUCGAGAACGGGCAGGUGGCGAAGAUCUCCAAGGCCUUCCAGCGCCCCGGGGAUGCGACGGGGUACCUCCAGAGGCACGUCGACGCCAGCGCCGUCGAGUUCAGGGUCUACAUGGAGAUGUGGUGCCUUCGGCGGCUCCUGGAGCUGCCCGACAACGGGAGCUCGAGGAGCGUCUGGGAGAUGCAGGCGCUCGAGGAUCACCCCCUGAUGCCCUUUGUGACCGGUGGGGCUCUGGCCUGGGCCCCGCAGUUCUACGGCAUUUGCCGUCUGGAUGAUGGGCACCAGCGUUUCUACAUGGUCCUGCAAAAUCUGAUGGGUCAAUUCAACAAGCCGUGCCAGAUGGACGUCAAAUUGGGGUACAUGACUGGGGAGCCGGAUUACAGCUGGAAGCACGUUAGACACCAGAUCGCAGACAUGUUCACUCCAUCGGCCAGCCAUGCUGCGCGUGUGGUCGGCUACCAGGCAUGGGACCCCGUGAAGCGUGAGUUUUCGAAGCCGUCCGGCAAGUACACUACCGCUCUCAAAUCGUUGGAUUCGGCCGUCGACACCUUCAUGGAUGCCGUUCCCGACCUCCUGCUGACCUAUCUUCUCGACGUUCUGACUCCCAGCAAGGACCUGCUCAUCAGCAUGGCUGCGUGGUGGCACGACCACGGAGUGGGCGUCCUGGACGCCAUCGGCAUGAGCGUACUGCUGGUAUUCGAGUGCGCGCCGCAGCAGGGGGUGCCGGCGCCGAAGCCGCUCCUGAAGCUCAUCGACUUCGCGCACUUGUACCCGCACUCGGAGCACGAGGUCAGCAUCGUUGCUCCGAUCCCCAUCCCCGCUGGGCCAUGGUGGCUCAGCCCCGCUAUCACACCCCCAAGUUGGGGACAGACCCCCCCAGGAAGCCCGAAGGGAAGAGCCCAGGUCCCAGCCUGGGGGGCAGGGGCGGGCAGAUCGGCCAGUGGGGCCCAGGCCAUGCCAGUGGGGAAAUAGGGAUCGGCGAAACGAUGCUCGCGAGGGUCGAAGAGAAAACGGCAUACUCCGAGCUUCUUCCUCAGCGUCGGGGGGGGGGCGUCACCCCCGCCGACGGCCCCACAGCGCCGCGCGCCGAAGGCGCUCCGACCCCCGCCGCGGCGCGGCGACGAGGCGAGGUUGACCCCCCGUCGGGGGGCUACCACCCCCCACGCUUCUUCGGAACCCCCUGCGCGGAUUCCGCGGGAUUCGAAGCCUGCGCAGAGG